CACCUCGUAUUUCCUCAUCUCUUCUCAUCUCCCAUGUCCUCUCUCCCAUCAAUCAUCCCACGCAGAGGCUCCCUCCUAGACGGAAGGAUGGACAAGCUCUCCCUCGACGACCUCACCAUCCGCUCCUUCCGCUUCCCCACCCCGCCCGCCAUUCUCUCCCUCUCCCCCCCUCGCGCCCCCGCUCCACGCGACCCCCUCCCUUCAAAGCUCGACCGCACAGCCUACCCCCACAUCUUCGAGACUGUCUUCAAGCACGCCCCGUACGACAGCCUCCUCGUCCUCCGCGCCACAUGCUCCGAGCUGCGCGACCAGGUCGACGAAGUCCUGCUCCACCACAUUGUCGUCCGCGCGCCAGCGAGCACGAGCCUCAUCGGCCGCCUGCUCGGCACGCUAGCCACGCCUCCUUCUCCCGUACGCUCCGUACUCGGCCGCAUGCCGCGCACAGACUGGAGUCUCGAUGAGCAUCUCGCCGAAGCAGUGCGCGUUGUGGACAUUGACCGGGCCGACGGCGUCUGGGACCUCGGCGAGGUCGAGGAGCUGCGGCGCCUCCCCAACGUCGCUGUCGCGCGCUUCCGUGGCUCAUACCUCCGCAACAUGGAUCCCGACAGCGCAACGCUCGACCACGCCGGCCUGCUCGGCCGGCCGAGCAUUGUCGUCAGGAUGCACCGCACAGGCCAUCCCGUCAUGGCACAGUACCCGCGCGCCGAUUGCACAAUCAUCGCGUCGCCCGUGUACUACACGACCACGACGCCGCUGCUGUGGUGCAGCAACGCGACGGGAAAGUCGGGCGUCGCGGACAAGACGGCGUGCGCAUACGUCUUCCAGCGCGUGCAGGACGGCGCCCUGCCCGCCGUCGACAGCAUCUACGCCGGGCACAUGGUGCGCUCGAUCGCGCAGGCCGCGCUGCGCCCAGGCGUCCUCGAGGUGAUCCUCGUCGAGGGCGAAGCAUGGGCAAAGUCAUGGAACGAGCACGCGGGCACGUGGAACGAGCGGCAGAUGCGCAACUCGCUGCGCACCGUCAUUCUCGAGGCAGCACACGACAUUGCACCGCGGCCGAGGGACCGCGAAAAGGUCGCAAAGGUCAAGCGCAAGCUCAAGUUUAUGUCUGCGGAGCAGUACCGCGCCGUCUUGGGCGACAGCAAGUACGACCUCUUGUCGCGCUGGUAGGCGCCUGCGUCGGCCGAGGUGACUGAGUCCGCGGCAGCCGUAUCUCGGAUGAACUUCGGCCCUGCUCGGUCUCUCCUCGUUGGCCGCUCCUUGGUGCAUGCCGCCGCUCGCCGCCGCCGCUCGCCUCACUCAUGCAUUGCACCCCAUCCAUGACGCUGGC